AUGGACACUCUCCCGGAAAUUGCAGCAACGUUCAAAAUUCUGCUUAUUGGAGACUCGAAUGUGGGGAAGUCAUCGAUACUGCUGCGCUUCACUGACGACCACUUUUUGCCACCCGACGAGGCCAGCGCGACCAUUGGCGUGGAUUUCAAGGUCAAGAUGCUGGAUCUGGACGAUACACGGUACAAACUGACGCUGUGGGAUACUGCCGGGCAGGAGCGGUUCAGGACACUCACAUCCUCCUACUACCGCGGGGCACAGGGUGUGAUCCUUGUCUACGAUGUGUGCAGCCGCGAGUCAUUCGACCACCUCGACGAGUGGUUUGAGGAGCUCAGCACGUACUGUACCAAGGACGAGGUGGUCAAGAUGGUUAUUGGCAACAAGAUCGAUAAGGAGGCGGAGCGGGCAGUGUCACGCAAGGAGGGCGCUGAAUACGCACGCAAGCACCAGACGCUGUUCCUCGAGUGCAGUGCAAAGACAAAGAUCGGCGUGCAGCAGGCGAUGGAGGAGCUGGUCAGCAAGAUCGCAGAGUCUCCCACCAUCCGCCGGUCCCCAGGGCGCAACACAGUGACAGUCGACGAAUCGGUGAGCUCGGGCUACGGUGGUUGCGGGUGCUAGAUGGUUUUAUUUUCGCAAUAAACGUAAUUACUGGAGCUUGGCCAGGAUCUCCUCGGCACGGUACAGCAGGAAUUCGUCGUCCUUGCUGGAGCUGACCUUGACGGGGCUGCCGCCGUACGAGGGGAGCAGGACGCGGUCGCCCUCGGCGAGACCCACGGGGAUGUUCUUGCCCUCCUUGGUGACGUUGCCGGGGCCAACCGCGACGACGACGCCCUCGUUGAGCUUCUCCACGGCCUUCUCGGGAAGGAGAAUGCCCGAGGCAGUCUUCGUCUCAGCCUUGACGCGCUGGAUCAGGACGCGGUCCAGCAUGGGGAUGAUACGCUUAGCGGCGGCCGACAUUGUUGCGAAUUGUGGAUUUUUGGUCUAACGGGAAUAGCGAGG